AUGGCCAACUCAUCAUCAUCCGCCCCAUCUGCGGGCGCCCAACCAAAGGUAAUAGAGGACAUAGUCGAGGCUGGUAAGAAAGCAUUCGAUCCAACUUCCACGCAAAGGCAAAAGGGCGUGGAAGAGUACAAUAAGCUCAUUGAAAGUACGCCAGUAUGGAAGCUCCUCCCUGCUCUCAAUGCUCUGAUAAAACCGUCAAUUCUUCCACCAUGGCUACGGGACCCAGUACUUCAGACACUCACUCUCCUUCCUCUUCGUCCAACUGGCGUACGGGGAACUAUGGAGUUUGUCUUCUCAGUUCAUCCCAGCAACGUAGGCAGGAUCCCGGAUGCUGGUGCUGGACCUCAGAAACAAGGGGCCAGUAUCACGCAUGAAGGUGUUGCCGUUGCAACAAAACUCCUCUCUUCUGUUCCAGCUAGCUUAACACCGCAGGCGUGGUUUGACGGCAUCUCGGGACAAAUGUUUGAGCUUAUCGAUGGAACUGCUGGACCGGAAUUGGCCAAGACUGCCUCGCAGGUUGUGGGUUUUGGCAUCCUCGGGAGCAAGCAAUAUGGUGCGCCUGGGUCACCUGGAUGGAAUGCCUUUGUUCAGCCUGUAGUACAGGACUUGAACCCGUCGAUGCGGUCAAUGCCAAACUCUGGAUCCACAUUCAUCAAGCAAGAAGAUGAUGAGAUUCUCGAUCUCAGUCGAGACCGCGUCCUCACCGCAUCUCACUCCCUCAAGACAUCGCUGCAGCGUCUCAAAACCUUGGUGAUAUCCAACUCUUCGCCUGGGCUAUGCAGGCGUCUCUUGAGGCUUGUAUUGAUCCAAGUCUGGGUACUUGCCUCAUGGCAUAACCCAUUGCAGAACACUGAAGAGAACUUCGUCAAGCCUGCCCGCACACUACUCCAGGCGUACCUGAGACUUUUUGGGAAUGCCGAAAGUAUCAGACCUUUCGUACGGAAUCUCCUCUGCAAAGGCGUUGUGGAUGGGACAGAAAAGCACUGGGAAUAUCAACUUAGGGGCAAUGGCGAGAUCGAAGUUGUGGAACCUCGUGGGUUCGAGUCCACAACCGGCAUUGAGUUGAACUGGAACGAACUCGAAGAUAAAGCAACGAAACUCGUUGAAUGCGUGUCGACUGCUUGCUCGGUUACAGAAGUGUCGUCCAUCUUCUUAGAUUUGCUGAAGCGCUGGAUUGAAGCGGCAGGCAAACAAACUGAAGAUGUCAAGAUAGAUAUUCGUCCUACGGAAGGGAGAUCGGACUCGCCUCUUCAAAAUCUUUUUGAAGUGACUGUUCUACAAAAAUUUAUGGACAAGGCACCCGAGAAGCUCGUGAGCCAAUUCGAUCAGUUACUGGAACUGGUCUGUCAGGUUCUCACAGCAGACACCCAAUCGAGAUUAGCAGAUGACCUCCUUGCAGUGGUGCUGAGCUUACUCAAUCUUGUCAUCACAGCACCAACAUUCCAAAAGUCUCAUAUCAAAUUAGAGGAGCUCAAGGUUGUUGAAUCAGCCCUAGAAAGGUUGGGCAACGAAGACAGACCACAAGUAACACCAACGGCAAGAAAUUUAGCUUUACUCCUGAAGUAUCGAGAUGAGAUGGAAGAGAACGAGGGAUCGGCUUCGGCUCCAAGUGCUAAGCAGAUCGAAGAUCAAAGAACAUACAAACUGGCGAUGGAAUAUGUUACUGGAGGUGAUGAUAAUCCAGCUCCUAUUGUUUCGGAAGGGUUGAAUCUACUUUCCAGUCUCAUAGAAAAAAACAGCUCAAUACUCGAUAUUCCGGCUGUUGCUGUCCUAUUGUCGACUCUAAUUGAGAGCAACGACGACUUCAUAAACCUACGAGUCAUGAAGGUAUACACGCAGCUGGCAAACAAACACCCCAAGUCUGCUGUGCAAGAACUCUUGGACCACUACCUAGAUGCACAAGAAAAGUCUACGACGGAUGUAAGGUUGCGCUUUGGCGAAGCCUUGUUGCAGGUUAUUCAGAAAUUAGGAGAGACCUUUUCUGGUGAUGUUGCCCAGCAGGUUAGCGAGACACUGCUAUCAAUUGCCGGACGACGUGGAUAUCGACCAAAAACUAUGGCAAAGCAGGCUCGCGAUGAGAAGCGACAGAAGAUGAAAAAGAAAAAGGAAGAUGAGGACGAAGAUGACAAUGAUAUGGACGUUGACGAGGAAGUAACAGAAGAGGACAAGGCCAGGAACGAUAUUUUGGCACAGAUUCUUCAGGGAUGGGAGAGUAAGCGUGGUACCGAAGAUGUUCGAAUCCGCACUUCAUCACUCUCCAUCUUCGGAGCUGCUCUUGAAAUCAAUAUUGCCGGUAUUGGCCCAACGCUUGUGUCCGGAAGUGUUGACCUCUGUAUUAACAUCCUGGCCAUGGAACGAGAGAUGGAGACGGCGAUUUUACGAAGAGCCGCAAUUCUAAACGUAUUGAGUUUCGUAAAGGCACUUGACGCAGCCAAGAAGGCUGGCCGCAAACUCGGGUUUGGUCUUACCGACGAUAGUCGAGAAGACAUCGUUACGACCUUGGGGUAUGUGGCUCAGACGGAUAACGAUGGGCUGGUGCAAGAUCAUGCGAAGGAAGUGAUCGAAAGCCUCGAGAACUGGAAGAUGAUAAGCAUGCUACCUGCACAAGACCAGAGCAACUCUCCAGGUCUUACAACACUCGCUGGCCUUCAUGUGAAUCCGAGCGGAACUCUGGUUGAUGGGUCUGGAAAGCCUCGGCCAAGGAUCGAAGAAGUGGAAUGA